GUAACUGAGGGUCUCUUCCCCUUUAAGGCGCUUUGUAGAAUCUCAGAGAGGCCGAAUCUCCAGCUGAUCGUCGGUGAUUCUCAUUUCAGCUCCAUCUCAUCCACCCGAUUCGCGCUCAUCUUUGGGUCAACAAGUCCCUUCGAAUCAAACAUAGGGUCUAAACAACCCACAGAUGCCAGAGCUGCUUUUCAAAGCAUCUUUGGCCGUGUCGCAUUACGUCGCGCGAGGAUGAUGCCCGGAGCUCGCGCGUCUCUGGAUGCGGCGUGUGUGCGCGCGUGUCCUUGAGUUGAGCACCACCAGCAUGGGAUGUUUCUCCAUCGCACGGCCGAUUGCAUCCUGAAACAAAAGCACACGGCGACAAUGUGAGAGUAAAUGCGUAUUUUUGCUCUUUUAUGCGCUGGAGAAUACCGCUGGCGCGUCGCCUGUAAUGGAGAAGACGAGAUGAGAAAGUGAAGGCGUGUUUGGAGAACAAUCUUCAUUUGUGUUGUGCAUCAUCAGUGUUACUGUGAAGAUGCCGAGGAGUUUACGCAGACUGGUGCACCUGGUGCUCUUCUGUCCCUUAUCUAAGGGUUUACAGUCCCGUUUACCUGCAGUUAAGGUCAAGUACCUGUUGGUGGCGUGGUUUGGGAUUCUGGUGGCCAGCUGGGUGAUCUAUAUGCAGUAUUCCUCUUAUUCAGAGCUCUGCAGAGGACAUGUCUGUACCAUGCUCAUUUGUGAUCAUUAUCGCAGAGGUAUUAUUUCGGGGUCGGUGUGUAAAUCUCUUUGCGAGGAGAAAACUUUGUCUCUUCAACGCUGUCUUUCAACAUCACCAACGCACCAGAUAUAUAGUGCUGUGUGGAAGGAGAAAGCUGUAUUGGUGAAGUGUGGGAUUGAAGAGAGCAUGAGAGGCGAAAACGGUCUUGACUCGCCAUUGCGGCAUGACAACAACCUCUAUGACAAACCCACCCGUGGAACAUCCAUGGAUGAAUUCAGAGCAAUGCUUCAUUCCUUUCUCAAGGACAGUGUUGGUGAGCAAUCAUCUCUUAGCACUCUUGUAACUCGUGUGAUUUCUCUGGCGGACGUCAACGGCGAUGGUAAAGUUUCAUUAGCGGAGGCGAAAUCCGUGUGGGCUUUGCUUCAGAUCAAUGAAUAUGUUUUAAUGGUGGCACUGCAAGAUAAAGAACAUGCUCCCCGCUUGCUAGGCUUCUGCGGAGACCUUUACGUGACUGAACAUGUAGCACACAGUGCCCUUUUCAGGCUGGAAGUGCCCAGUUGGCUGCAGCCAGUGUUUCCUGAGGCGCUGGGCACCGCUCUUAACCAGUGGCUCGCUCCUGCAUGGCCCCGCAGGGCCCGAAUCACCAUCGGCCUACUAGAGUUUGUUGAAGAGGUAUUCCAUGGCGUAUACGGAAGCUUCUACAUAUGUGACGCAAGCCCAAGACGGGUCGGCUACAAUGCGAAAUACGACUUCAAAAUGGCAGACCUUCAAAGCAUAGCAUCGGAGGCAACCGUCAAAGGAUUCCUUCGAGGGAGAACUUGCGAGGCAAACGUUGACUGCACUUACGGGCGAGAUUGUACUGCAACGUGUGACCGUUUGGCAAGGCAGUGCAAUGUGGAGGUGGUGCAGCCCAAUUUGGCCAAGGUGUGUGCGCUCCUGCAAGACUUCCUGCUCUUCGGAGCGCCGUUGGACCUGAGGGAGGACCUAGAAAAACAGCUACGCACCUGUGUGACUCUUAGCGGACUUGCCUCACAGAUGGAGGUGCAUCAUUCUCUUGUUUUGAACAACCUCAAAACACUACUGUGGAAGAAGAUCUCAAAUACCAAGUACUCUUGAGACCAGCAUAGGGAUGAUCAAGAGAAAGGCAACAGAGAGCGAGAGAACAGAUGGAGACUUCCAGAGAACAAAAGUGGGGUCAGUACAGUUGCUUCAGGAGGGCUAACAGAAUAGCUGAACUCUGCCUGCCACUACAGACUUAAAUUUGUUGAACAUCAAUUGUGAAGUUGGUGAAUGCAAGUUCAGAAAGAGUAUACAAUACAUCCCCACCCUCUGUUUUACUUUAACAACUCAAUUGAAGAACCUUAAACCCUAUAAAAACACCUACGGAAGAUUAAUUUUCCUCUGCCCAAAAGGUCCAAGGUGGAGACUGUCCGGUAGGAACAAAGACUACUGGAAGACAUUUCUUUGACCAUGCAGCCCCUUGCCAAAUGGAUCCUUUUUGGUGAACAUUUGGUUAAGGAUCUGGGCUGCAAGCACAAGGAUAGUAGAGCCAUUUCCAAAUAGAAGAAACCCAAGGAGUUCCCAUGAGGACAGUCUUGCUCUACAUCCCCUUUCUCUUUUACUUUAUUGACUCAAAUGAAGACCCUUUAACCCUAACAGAAAAACCUUCCUCUUGCCAAAAUAUCCAAGUUGUUCAUUGGAGAAAACCAACUGGAGGACAUUUCUUUGACCAUGUAUCCCCUUCCCAAAUUAUCUUGAUUAAUUCCUGCUUGGUGGACUUGUGGGUAAGGAUCUGGGGUGCAAGCACAAGGAUAAUAGAGUCAGUUCUGAGAAGUAACCCAAGGAAAGGAGAGUUUCAGAGAUGGUCUUGCUCUACAUCUGGGUCUCCAAACUCUGACCUGAAGGGCUAGUGUCCUGUAGAGUUUGGCUCCAACUUGCUUCAACACACCUGCUUGGAAGUUUCAUGCAUGUUUAGUAGGACCUUGAUUAGCUGGUUCAGUUGUGUUUAUUUAGGGUAAUAGCUAAACUCUGCAGGACACCGGCCCUCCAGGGCUGAGUUUAUAGACACCUGCUCUACAUCAACACCCUCUAUUUUACUUGAGCGACUCCCCUAAAGACCGUUUAACCCCAUAGAAACCCUUCAGAAGAAUCUCUUUCCUUUGGCUGAAAGGUCCCAGUGAAAGUUAGAAUGUCCAGUUAGGAACAAGGUAAACUUGAGGAUAUUUAUUUGAACAUGCAACCUUUUCCCAAAUUAGACCUUCUUGGUGAACUUUUGGUCAAAGAUCUGGGAUUCAAGGACAAGGAUAAUAGGGUCAGUUCCAAGAAGUAACCCUAUUAACGAAGAGUUUCAGAGAGGAUGGUCUUGUUCUACAUCAGGGGUCUCCAAACUCUGUCCUAGAGGGCUAGUGUCCUGUAGAGUUUGGCUCCAACUUGCCUCAACACACCUGCUUGGAAGUUUCUUGCAUGCAUAGUAGAACUUUGAUUAGCUGGUUCAGGUGUGUUUAUUUAGGAUUACAGCUAAACUCUGCAGGACACCAGCCCUCCAGGACUAAGUUUGGAGACAACUGCUCCACAUCAACACCCUCUAUUUUACUGGCGUGACUCCCCUGAUGUUCCUGUAACAUAGGGGUGCCCAAACUUGGUCAUGGUGGGCCACUGCCCUUCAGAGUUUAGCUCCAACCCCAAUUAGACACACCUGAACUAGCUAAUCAAGCUGUUAUCAGGCAUACUAGAAACCUCCCAACAGGUGUGUUUAAGGCAAGUUGAGGCUAAACUCUGUAGGACACCAGGCCUCUAGGACCGAGUUUGAGCACACCUGCUUUAACCCUAUAGAAACACCUUCAGAAGAAUCUCUUUUUUCUUUUGGUCCAAAGUGAAGUUAGAAUGUCCAGUUAAGACCAACUUGAGGACAUUUAUUUGAUCGUGCAACCCCUUCGUAAAUGAGUCCUUCUUGGUGAAGUUUUGGUUAAUGAUCUGAGUCAGUUCCAAGAA